GAUUCCGAGGAUGAAGAAGACUUCAACCCUGCGCCGGCCGACUUGUCUGAAGACGAAGGCAAUGACGGCUCAAGCCGGGCGCGAGACAGCAGCCCCAAUCACCGCCAGGAAGCUGAUGACGAUGACGAACCCGGCCAUCGCAGAAAGCGCCAGCGCGACAGGCGAAACGCCUUCAUCGAUAUCGAAGCCGAAGUCGACGACGAAGACGAGGGUGAAGACGAGGAAAAGGAUGGUGAAGAGAUAGAGGACUUCAUCAUCGACAACGCUCACCCUGACGAUCUGGCCGAGAGCUCGCGACUUGAUGAUGACCGAAGGCACCGUGAGCUUGACCGCCGCCGCGAGAUGGAGUCCAGCAUGGACGCCGAGAAGCAGGCCGAGAUUCUGCGGCAGCGAUACGGCAACCGACGACCUGGCAAGAGCUUUGGCGACUCCGCUGUCGUGCCCAAACGCCUUCUUCUCCCUAGUGUGGAUGAUCCUAGCAUCUGGGCCGUGCGAUGUAAAGAAGGAAAGGAGCGUGAAGUCGUCAUGUCCAUCAUGAAGCGAGUAGAGGAGCGAAGAGGCACAAAGGACGAGCUGGCCAUUACGGCUGCCUUUGAGCGCGGUGGCCCAGACUCCGUCAUGAAGAGCUUCGUCUACGUCGAGACCCAAAGACAAACUGAUAUUCUGGUGGCUCUCGAUGGCAUCCUCAACGUCUAUCCCCACUCCAAAUUGACCCUAGUGGACAUCAAAGACAUGCCCGAGCUUCUGCGCGUCACCAAGACACCGACACUGGAGCCCGGCGCAUGGGUGCGACUGCGCAGGCCGCCCAAGCAUAGCGGAGACUUGGCUCAAGUCAUCGAUGUGACCGAGAAUGGCUUGGAGGCCAGAGUCCGAUUUAUCCCAAGACUCGAUUAUGGCAUGCGCGAUGAAGCCCUGUCUGCGGUGACUGCAGAUGGAAAGCGUAAGCGGCCCCCGGGAAUGGGCCCACGACCACCACAGAGACUCUUCAGCGAGAUUGAGGCGCGAAAGCGUCACCCUCGUCACAUUCAGGGCAACCCGACAACCAACACUUGGACGUAUAUGGGCGACGAGUUUGAAAACGGGUUCCAAGUCAAGGAUGUCAAGAUUCAGCAGCUCGUGGUUACGGAUGUCAACCCGUCCCUGGAAGAGGUGACGCGAUUUGCCAGCGGCGCUGAUGAUGGCACGGAGAAUCUUGACUUGAAGGCUUUGGCCGCCAGUUUGAAGGAUAGCAACACGCUCGUCACGUACCUGCCUGGCGAUAUCAUCGAGGUGUACGCUGGAGAGCAGAGAGGUGUUGUUGGCAAAGCUACCAAUGUGCAGGGUGACAUUGUUACCAUGUUUGUCACAGAGGGUGACCUGAAGGGCCAGAGCAUUGAGGUGCCCAUCAAGGGCCUCCGCAAGCGCUUCAAGAUUGGUGACCAUGUCAAGGUGAUUGGCGGCAGCAAGUUCCAAGACGAAGUUGGCACAGUGGUCAAGAUUUCCGAGGACCGCGUCACGCUCUUGACGGACCAUACGAACAAUGAGGUGACGGUGUUUAGCAAGGAUUUGCGAGAGGCCAGCGACAUUGGUGGACAGGGAUCACUCGGCCAGUAUGAACUCCAUGACCUUGUGCAGCUGGAUCCCACUACAGUUGGCUGCAUUGUCAAGGUGGACCGCGAAUCAUUGGUUGUGCUGGAUCAGUUUGGAGACACUCGUCAGGUCAUGCCAUCUCAGAUUCCCAACAAGCUGCCCAAGAGAAAACAAGCAGUUGCUGCCGACCGGGAGGGCUCUGAAAUCCGCCUGGACGAUGUGGUGAAGGAGUUUUCUGGACAGCAACGUCAGGGCAAGAUCAUCCACAUCCACCGCUCCUAUGUCUUCCUGCACACCCAUGCCACCAAUGAGAAUGCAGGAGUCUUCGUCACCAAGGCGAGCAUGGUUAACACGAUCGCUGCUAAGGGAGGUCGUGUUAACGCGGCAGCUUCGGGGCCUGACCUGACCACCAUGAACCCAGCCUUGAAGAUUCACAAGAACGGCACCGAGAACAAGCCCCUUGCUAAGGCGUUUGGCCGAGACCGUGCCAUCAACCAAACCGUCAUCAUCAAGAAGGGAGCCUACAAAGGUCUUCUGGGUAUCGUUAAGGACACGACAGACACACACGCUCGCGUUGAGCUCCACACCAAAAACAAGACCAUUACUGUUCCUCGAGACUGCCUCAACUUCAAGGACAAGAACACUGGCAUGAACAUUGACAUCAACGGUAGAGGACGACCCGCACCGGGCGGAGCAGGACGUGGCUCUGGGGAUAGAGUCCCUGGCUGGCAAGGAGGAUCUCGCACACCCAUGGGCUCCGGCGGCGCAGAUCGCGUUCCCGCUUGGGGAUCACGAACUCCUGCAACAGGUGGUCGCACACCAGCAUGGAAAGGCCAAGAUUACUCUGGAUCUCGAACACCGGCUUGGGCAGAUGGAUCGAGGACUGUCAAUCCGUAUGAUGGAAGUCGAACUGCCUACGGGUCCGGCUCACGCACGCCGGCCUGGCAAGCUGGUGCCAGGACACCGGCGCCGGGCGACGCAUUCGGUGCUGGCUCACGUACUCCGGCUUACGCUGGUGGUGGUGGAGGAGGCGAGAGCUGGUCUUCCGGCUCAAAGACACCCGCAUGGGGAGUCUCGGCACCGACGCCUGGAGCCAGCGGCAACGAGUCUUGGGGUUACACCCCCGGGGCCACCUCUUCUUCCGCCUACGAUGCUCCAACUCCUGGAGGCGCCAUGUCAGCUCCUACUCCUGGUGCUCUGAGCGCGCCCACUCCUGGCGCCUACAACGCUCCCACCCCGGGAGUUGCACCGACGCCUGCUGGCGGUUGGCAAGGCGGCUGGGGAGGAACAGACUCGGCUCCGACACCAGCAGCCGGUGCGCCGACGCCGUCUGCGUCCGGAUACGGUGGCUACUCAGCACCGACGCCUUCAGCCUACGGAGCCCCUGAGACGCCUGCGGCCAGCGGUCCGAGGUACACGGAUGAUGAUUGA